UAAUAAACACUUUAAUUUCUCCAUAUCUAAAAGUUUUAUUACCAUUUCUCCAACAUCAUCUUCAUGUCUAAACCCACUUUAUUUUUUCUCAGUCAAUCCCAUAUUUCACCAUCAUUAUCUUGAUCUUCUAUUAGCAAUAUCAAAAAACUAAAAGAAUCCCACCUUGUUUUAAUUAAUACCAUUUGUGGGUCUAAAUUUAUAUUAGUGUCUUGUUCUCUUCUGAUAAGACUUUGAUUUUGGCCUCACUCACUCAUAAUAUAAUUUUUCAUUUUCUUUCUAUACUUACACUGAACUGCAUGCUGCCUUUUCUUGGUGUUUUUAUGAAUUCUGUUUAAGUUCUUGUUCUUGAGAUUGUUUAUUUCUUUAAAGGGUUUGUUUUUUCUUUAAAUUUUAUUCUGAAAUGUGGUUACUUUGUCAUUUUUCUUCAUUUUCUUUAUCAGUGCUUUAAUGAGUUUUGUUGCAGGUUGUUCAGCUGUUUUGAGAUAAUUAUAUUUAAAGAAUUCUCUUCUUUUGGUAAGCAGUUUUUUUAACUCUUUUUUAUUGCUUAUGAAUCACUAGUCAUUAGAUAAAAUUACUCGGUGAGUUUCUGAGGAUUUGGAUACUUAUAUUCAUACUCUAUAGUUAUAAUGCCUCCAACUUAUUUCCCUCUUCGGUGGGAGAGUACUGGAGAUCAAUGGUGGUAUGCAUCUCCCAUUGAUUGGGCUGCUGCCAAUGGCCACUAUGAUCUGGUAAGGGAGCUUCUUCGGAUUGACAACAAUCACCUUAUCAAACUCACCUCUCUUAGGCGGAUUCGUCGCCUUGAGACGGUGUGGGAUGAUGAGGAGCAGUUCCAUGAUGUUGCUAAAUGUCGCUCGCAAGUUGCGAGGAUACUUUUUCAUGAAUGUGAAUCAAAGAAAGGGAAGAACUCUCUUAUUCAAGCUGGUUAUGGUGGAUGGCUUAUGUACACUGCUGCUUCGGCCGGAGAUUUGAGUUUCGUCCACGAGCUUCUUGAAAGGAACCCUUUGUUUGUUUUUGGUGAAGGAGAAUAUGGUGUUACUGAUAUUCUCUAUGCUGCUGCUAGAAGCAAGAAUUCUGAUGUUUUCAGGAUUGUUUAUGACUUUGCUGUCUCUCCGAGAUUCUUGGCGGCAAAAGAUGGCCAGUUUGAGGAGCACAUUGGAGAUAUUCCUUCUCUAUACAAAUCGGAAAUGGUCAAUAGAGCUGUGCAUGCUGCUGCUAGAGGUGGGAAUUUGAUCAUUUUACUGGAACUUUUAGGUAAUUGUACAGAUGUUUUGGCUUAUAGAGAUAAGCAGGGCUCAACUAUUUUACAUGCUGCUGCUGCCAGAGGACAAGUAGAGGUUGUCAAACAUCUUGUGGCAUCUUUCAAUAUCAUCAACUCCACGGACCAUCAAGGCAACACAGCAUUGCAUAUUGCUGCUUAUAGGGGCCAACAAUCUGUGGUUGAAGCUUUGAUUGUUGCAUCUCCCUCCUUGAUCUCGUCAACAAACAAUGCUGGAGAAACGUUUCUUCAUAUGGCUGUGUCUGGACUCCAAACACCUGCCUUUAAGAGAUUGGACCGACAGAUUGAGCUAAUGAAACAGUUGGUAAGUGGGAAAAUUUUCAAUGUGGCGGACGUCAUCAAUGCGAAAAGCAAUGAAGGACGGACGGCCCUACACAUGGCUAUCGCUGGGAAUGUUCACUCUGAUCUCGUGCAGUUACUUAUGUCCCCUGAAUCAAUUAAUGUGAAUGUGCGCGAUGCAGAUGGGAUGACCCCUCUCGAUCUCCUUAAACAAGGGCCACAUUCUCCAUCGUCUGAUAUACUAAUAAGGCAACUGAUCUCAGCAGGUGGGAUAUUUGGUUGUCAGGAUUAUACGGCAAGAAGAGCCAUGGCCUCUCGCCUGAAGAUGCAAGGAACUGGAGUUAGUCCCGGAACAUCGUUCAGAAUAUCCGACGCUGAGAUAUUUCUGUAUACCGGAAUUGAGAUUGCAUCUGAUGCCAGUGCUUACCCACCUUGUGAAGGAAUGAGUUCAGCCUCGAUUGAGCAUCUCGAGUCAACCAAUGAGAACCAUAGCUCAACAGCUAAUAGAAAGUCGGGUUCUAUGAAUAAUGCGGCACAACAUUUGAAACGAGUCCUCCAAUGGCCAAAGCUGAAAGGAAAAAAACCUGAAAGAUUGAAUAAAUCUAUGGAUUUGAAAUCAGUGGAAUCAGAAGAAGCUCCAACGCCUCUUCGCCAGAAAUUCAUGAAACCAUCAUCCCUUCCUAACAACAAGAGGACAUUGUCAGUUAGGAGUAAUCAAUCAAGUCCAACAGCAAAGAAGAAAAUUGCUUCAGGUAUAAUGCAUGGUGUUAUGCAGGCUAUGCCACAAAUAACCGUCACAGGCCGAUCACGCUCGAGCUCAUUUUCGAAAUCAUCCAUUUCGUCCCAGAGUUCAUUGGAUAAACAGAAAGGGAUCUUCAUCGACACUGAAGUUGCCGGACCAUCAUCUUCCAAUCAACUAUACGACGAGGAUGUGAUGAAAAAGGAAAGCUCAAGCUCAAGCUCGACGAAUAACAAGAAGUUGAGAAGCCAGUACUUCUGUUUUGGUACAUCUGGCGUGUCGGUGAAAACACCAGUUAGCAGGCCGCGUCAAAGCCAGAGUUCUAGUACUUGUUCCGUUAUCUCGGUGGCCUGAUGAAAUUGAUAUGAAGAUGUAUGGCUUGAUGGAAGUAUCUAACUUAGAAGGAGGAUUAAGCUAGUAAAUGUAGCUGUUUCUUGCAUGUGCUGUUGCUUUGUAGAAUCGUGUAAUCCAACUUAAUAACUCUCUAAGGCACAACUCGUGCUCUAUCUUAUGCAAAGCAUGAAGACCAAAUUCUGAUAUUCUGCCUUGGCUAUUUACUAAGGUAUGUUUAGUUCAAUUCUAGGAUGCAAUGUUUGGUUCA